AUGACACGAGAACAAUACAUACUAGCAACACAACAGAAUAACCUGCCAAGGGCUGAGAACGCACAACUGUACCCAGUGGGGAUUUAUGGAUGGCGAAAGAGGUGCUUAUACUUCUUUGUCCUUCUGCUGUUGGUUACCAUGAUAGUUAACUUAGCCAUGACAAUAUGGAUAUUGAAAGUUAUGAAUUUCACUGUGGAUGGUAUGGGAAAUCUGAGAGUCACCAAGAAGGGAAUCCGACUUGAAGGUAUAUCUGAGUUUCUACUUCCAUUGUAUGUGAAAGAAAUUCAUUCCCGAAAGGAUAGUCCACUGGUCUUACAGUCUGACAGGAAUGUAACAGUGAAUGCAAGAAAUCACAUGGGCCAGUUAACUGGACAGCUGACAGUAGGCACUGAAGGAGCAGUAUUUGGGCACUCUGUCGAGACACCUCACAUCAGAGCAGAACCUUCCCAAGACCUCAGGCUUGAAUCACCAACCAGGUCCUUGAUAAUGGAAGCUCCCCGAGGGGUCCAGGUGCGAGCUGCUGCAGGAGACUUCAAGGCCACCUGCAGGAAGGAGCUCCAUUUGCAGUCUACAGAGGGGGAGAUAUUUUUGAACGCGGACACAAUUCGGCUGGGAAAUCUGCCGACCGGCUCUUUCUCGUCUUCACCCAGCUCUUCAAAUGCUCGACAGACAGUGUAUGAGUUGUGCGUGUGCCCCAAUGGCAAACUUUACCUUUCUCCAGCAGGAGUGGGUUCCACCUGCCAGUACAGUAGCAACAUCUGUUUGUGGAGCUGA